CAUUUUUUAGUUCAUAAUAAAUUUAAACAGAAAAUUUUGAGUAAAAAUUUUACGAAUAUGGCAAGAGCUGCGAGAAUAGCUCUUGACUUAGCGCUUGCAUCCAGUAAGGCACUGAGACCCACUUUGGGAUAUAUUUGGCAAUAUGCUAAAACUGAAGUAGUGCCCCCAAUGACCCUUAAUUUCUUUCACGGUUCUGGGGGAAAAUCUUUGGAAAAUACCAUAUCAAAAUUCGCGAACGGAUUUAUAGCCGGUAUAGAGCGAAAAAUUAAAGAAACGGAUGCAGAACAAUUGAGAGUUAUAAAAGGAAGGGAGGCGGCUAUUAAAGCACAACAGGAUAAAACAAAAGCCGCAGCAAAAAGAAAAGAAGAAAAAAGGAAACGACAAGAGAAACAGAAAAAGAAAGAAUUAGAAAUAGCAGCACAAGUAAAGGCAAGAGAAGAAAACAAAACUAAACCAGAAAAAGAAACCCCAAAAAAAAACGACAAAAGAAGCUGAGAAGAGGGAACCUGUAAGGAACAAGAAGCCAAAAAAACAUAGACGUGUUGAGAAAAAAAGGUCGUUUCCAAUAAAAAAUCACAAAUGAUACCAUGUAUUGUGAUGUAUGUUUAUAAAAUUGUGAGUUAAGCUACCUUGUCGGCGUCAUCGAGGUUAAAAAAAAUGUAUAUAAAAUUAAAUACCUAUACUUAU